UUGGAAUUGGUUUUGGAGCUCUACCUCACUGGACUGGUAACACUUGGCCGAGCGGUUCGGACGUAUUUUUUGCUCGCUCCGUCGUGCAUUUUUAACGGCCACAAAAGUGGAAUCCUAGUUGUUCUCGCAAAUUCUUUGUGUUGGCUUCACGGAUGGAGCAAAACGUCUUGUAGUACCGAGCCAGGAUAACGGGAUAUGUCGAGUCUUAACGUCUGAAUUGUUGUAUUCCGAAUUGAUUUCGUGUGUUUGUGUGUGCAAGCUAAGUGUGCAAUUGUGCGAAAGUGCAAUGCGUUUCCGUAUCGAGUUUUCUUGAUUUCAAAACACCAAAGAAAAAACAGUGCAACUACAACAAAAGUUUCAGCAUUACUUGUAUGGAUAAGCGGACAUACCUGUCUACUAGUGCCGACAAAGCCGACGACGUUGCCGUAGACGGAGACGAAGACGACGGCCAGUCGAGAUGACGCAGACCAAGCAGCCGGCAGGAGGGUCGUCCACCUCGGGCGCAGAGUUCGUGGCCCCCGUCACCUCCACGGGCGCCGCCAGGUUCACGCCCUGCUCCGCCUCCGCCCACGACGUCUUGCUGAACAACUUCCAGCUGAAGAAGAAGAGCUACCGCGUCCUGCUCCACGGCCAGCAGUUGGUGUGGGAGCGCCUGCAGCGCAUCAAGCAGCCGCGCCAGGGAAACGAGACCAAGGCUCCGUUGCCCCCAGACUCGCCCUCGCAGCCGGGAGGGAUCUGCUCGUACGGCCCACAGAGCCAUGUGCUCCACCUGGACGACGUGGUCAGCAUCAGGAGCGGGGACACCAAGACGAGCUCCCUCAAGCCUCCCACUCCGCCGGGAUCCGAGCGCAGUUCCCGAAGCAGCGGUGAAGCUCCGCCGGGGAAGCCCACCAGCCAGUACCUGACCAUCAACUAUGCCCUGCGGUUGAGCAAGUCGCAGACGGACUGCAACCGCUGGGAGUUAAGAAGGCUCACCUUCUUCAACUCGGACCCCUACAUAGUGAGGCAGUGGGACCAGGAGCUGCAGAUCCGCCUGCAGAGCUCCUCGGCCACCAGGCUGCGCGUGCGUCGCCUCUUGGUGUUCAUCAACCCCUACGGAGGCCGCAAGGCGGGAUCCCAGACCUACGAGCGCCAUGUCAGACCCAUUUUCCAGCUCGCCGGAGUGGACGCCACCUGCAUCACCACCCAGAGGGCCAACCAGGUGAAGGACAUUCUGCUGAGCCACGACCUGAGCGUCUACGAUGCCGUUUGCUGCGUCGGAGGCGACGGAACGGUGGCGGAGGUGAUCAACGGACUGAUAUUCCGGCGGAUGCGGGAGUUGGGCCUGGACGAGCAGCGGCCUCCCUACAUUCCCAGACCGGCGCUGCCAGUGGGCGUAAUCCCGGCGGGCAGCACCGACACCAUAGCCUACAGCAUGCAUGGCACGGCCGACGUGAGGACGGCGGCCAUCCACGUGAUCCUGGGCCAGCACCGCGGCCUGGACGUGUGCAGUGUCAGCAACGGGCAGUCGCUGCUGCGGUUCUGCGCCAGCGUCUUGAGCUACGGAUACCUGGGCGACGUGGCCGCCCAGAGCGAGAACUACCGCUGGAUGGGACCGAGGCGGUACGAGUACAGUGGCGUCAAGGCCUUCCUCAGCAACCGGGGCUACGAUGCCGAGCUGAGGAUGCUGGAGGAGCCGGACCUGCUCCUGACCACGCCGCUGGAGGAGGUGCCGCAGAGUCCGGACAGCGUGUGCUCGCUGGGCGAGUCGGUGCCCUCCGUCUGCUAUGCCAAUUGCCAGCGCUGCAGCUUCGCCAGCAGUAUUCAGGAGCAGCGAUCCUCGCUGUUCGUCCAGGAGGAGUCCAGGGCUUCGGAGCGCGUUCAGCCGGACGAACCGGAGGAACUCCACCUGGCCCCCAGUGAGACUGCGCUGCUCAGGCCGCGUCCACGACCGGGGAACCUCCAACUGCCCACUGGCUCCAUUUCUUCGAUGAGAAACCUCGGCAACGAGCAGUGGAAGGUGGUGCGUGGCAACUUCUUCAUGAUCUGCGGGGCAAACAUCACCUGCGCCUGUGCCAGGAGUCCGAACGGCAUCUCCCGCUACAGUCACCUGGGCGACGGCUGCCUGGACCUAAUUCUGGUAAAGAAGACCUCGCUGCUCAACAACGUACGCUUCCUCCUCAACACGGCGGGCAGGAGCGGAGAUAUCCGCAAUCUGCCGUUUGUGGAGGUCUAUCGCACCAGGGAAUUCCAGUUCAAAACAUUCUCGGGCGCUGUCGAAGAGGACUACAGCUUAGCAGGAUCUUGUCAGCCAAUAUCCCCGCCAGGAGACAUGUCCAACACCACCUCCCCCACAGAGUUUUCUAGCUGGAACUGUGAUGGCGAGGUAGUCACAGACUUGGACAUAACAAUGAGGUCGCACUGUCAGCUCAUAGAGGUGUUUAUGCGAGGGCCUCAUUCCUAUAGCAAGCCCAUUAAGGGCGGCACCACGCCCUCAACCCCAAGUAGCUCCAGCGAUAAUGUCUACUGCUGCUGCAAGGACUAGAAGCUUUAACCACAUAGAAUUAGCAUCAAUCAUUGGCCGUGACAAGUAGCUCGUAGUUUUGCGUAGGGUAUCCUUAUUCGUAUUUGUAUCAUGUUAAAGAGCGGGUCUCCCCGUCAUUGUUUUUAGCAUAGCUCAAUAAAGCAACUGAUAUUAUCGACUGUAUUAAGGCAUCUGAAAGAUGCAGAAGCGAACCGAAACAUUCCCCUCGGAAGGCGUGCAUUAUUCACAUACCUAUAUAUUUACAUAUUGUGUACUGGUAAACUGGCAAUAAAAACGUGUCUAUAUGUA